CUCUAAGAGGAAUAUAAAGGUGGUAUUUUAGUAAACAUUUCAUUAUAUUUGUUUUCUUUUUACUAGGAGAAUGAGUCUAGGUAUUAUAUUUUUAGCAGGUACCACUGGUCCACAAGAAAUAAACAAGUUUAAAAUGAAUUGUAUUGUUAUUCAUAUUAAAGAGCAAAAUGCAUUUAAAAUGGCUAUGCCUGCUAUUAAAAGUUAUCUUAAAUACUUAUUUGAGAGCUAUUGUUUAAUUUUACCAUUGUACUUUUACUAUCUUCAUGAUUCAAUAGAUCAAUUUUAGGACAAUGACUAUUAAUUUAUGUUUUUAUGAGCCCUUCCUAGAAUUGUAAAUAUUACAUUCUAUUAUGAAAGAAAUAAUUAUAGAGGCUAAUUCAUAAGGGUGAAUCACCACUUGUGGUGGGUGAAAAAACAUCAAGUUGAGCAAGUUUGAACUUGUCUAUUUCAUCCACGAUUCUCUGAUAUAACGGGCGACAAAAUUAUCGGCGGUUCAUUUUAAAAUAACAUUUUCUGAGCUUUAUUUAUUAUUUUUAAAUAAAUACACUUCUAGUCAAUUAAAAAAUAAAAAGAAAAAUGGUUGUAGCUAAAAUAGAAGACACCGCUCCCUUUGAGGAGUACAAGCAGGUGCUCUUGGAGCCCGCAGGGCACUUAGAGCUCUUACCAGAACCGACUUAUCCUAUUUUCCAGCCUCGUCUAUUGAAUGAUCCCCUCAUCAACGAUGAGUACUCGGGGCCGUACGAGUUCGAAGUGGCCAUAGUUCCCGACCAGAAAAGCCCUUGGAUUUAUUCGCCCCUGCUAAACAAAGUGUUCUUGGAGCUGGGCAAACAGUUCCCCGUCACCUUUAAGACCAGAACUUUUCCUCAGGAAGCCUUGUUUAUCAGGGUCACCCCCAAGUACUCGGGCAGUCAGCACUCGAUAGACGCGGUAGUGCGUUGCAUCCAGCACGACUAUCACGCCGAUCCCUCUAAUAAAGAUAUUCCUGCCGAGGUGAGAGCUCACGUGAUACGGUGCGCCAAUCGCCAGGUGAGCUACCUGGGAAACAAGGACCAGCAGGAGCGCCUCAGCCUGGUGCUGCCGCUGAUUAAGCCCGAGGUGGGGGCCGAUAGCGUGUUUGAAUUCUUCCAGUUCGUGUGCACCAGCACUUGCCCCACGCCCGGCAUCAAUCGCAGGAGCCUCGAGCUGAUAUUCACUCUGGAAAAUGUCAAUGGCUCGGUGGUGGGAAGGAAAUCCGUAAACGUCAAAAUUUGUGCAUGUCCCAAACGGGACCAGAUCAAGGACGAGGCCAAGUACAAAAAUAACAAGAACGGGCCGCCGGUUCCCAGGGGCAAAAAACGCAAGGCCGCUUGCCAGCCGGCCAACCCUGGAAAGGUACUGCCCGCGUCGGACAACGAUACCAAGGUGUACCCCAUUACCAUUAAUGUGGUGGGCAAACAAACUCAGCUCAAAGUGCUCUCUUACAUCGAGGACGCUCUAGCGCACGACUUGCUCAAUCAUCAGGGCGAACCUUCGGAGGGGCUGUACCAAAAGGUGCUCGACGACACUAAAGCUGAAAAAAACAGAGCGCUCAACCCUCAUCACUAAUAAUCGUGCCAUAUUUUACCUAUUUUUUAUUUACUAUUUUUUUUAUUCUUAAGUUUAUUACCUAUUUUUAUUACUAUUAUUGAAGUAUAAGAAAUUGUUCUGCUGGGGGAAACUUAUCAGUACCUGAGCUAUUUGUCUUACAUCCAGGAGGGAGUAAUUAUACAGAGGGUUUCCUUGAAAUCCUAAAUUUAAUGGAGGUGUAAAUAUGGCUUAAUAGAUUAAGUCGGAGAUGUCUAAAUAUCGUCUCUGUGAUUGUGCCUUCAACACAGAUAUU